AUGAAGUUCACGCAGGUCGCACUUCCUCUUCUCUUCUCCGGUGCUGCUUUUGCCGCUCCAGCCGCCGACAAAACUUUGAAAGCGAGAUCGACUCAAAUCUGCGGUCAAUACGAUAGUGUAGCCACUGGUGCCUAUACCGUGUAUCAAGAUCUCUGGGGUGAAAAUCAAGCCACAUCCGGAUCUCAAUGUAGUACUGUGACUUCUCUGAGUGGAUCUACCAUUGUUUGGUCCACAUCAUGGAGUUGGGCGGGUGCUUCGAGCAGCGUGAAAUCGUAUGCAAAUGUGGCUUUGAAUUCGGUCGUUACGGCUGGUGUGAAGGUUUCUUCGAUUUCUGCUAUUCCUGCGGUUUGGAAAUGGGGCUACACCGGAUCCUCCAUCGUCGCCGAUGUCUCCUGGGAUAUCUUCACUGCCUCCACCGCCGGAGGAACCAACGAAUACGAAAUCAUGAUUUGGUUAGCCGCCAUCGGAGGAGCCGGACCAAUUUCCUCCACCGGUUCCCCUAUCGCUACCGCCACCAUUGCUGGUUAUGAAUUCAAACUGUACUCUGGACCAAAUGGAGAUACCACCGUGUACUCUUUCGUUGCUUCAACCGAAGCUACCAAUUUCGAUGGUGAUCUGAUGGAUUUCUUGAAUUAUUUGGCGACCAAUGAAGGGUGGUCUACUAGUCAAUUCAUUAAUGUUUUGGAAGCUGGAACUGAACCUUUUACCGGUACCAAUGCCGUCUUCGACGUCACCGCCUACAGUGUCUCAAUCACCCAGGGAAGUUCCGUCAAAGCCGUUGUCAGCUCAUCCUCAUCCUCAUCCACCCCCACCCCAUCCACAUCCACCAAAGCCAGCAGUACCAUCAAAGCAACCCCCACCAGCACGGUCAAAACCACCGUAGCAGCAAUCCCCACCAGCAAAGCAUCUACCAAAACCAGUGUUGCAGUUGCUACCAGCACCGCUGCUUCUUCUUCAAGUGGUUCCGUUCCUUUGUAUGGUAACUGCACGGGAGGACUCACUUGUGCUACCGGUACUUGUGUGGAGCAAAAUGCUUAUUAUUCUCAGUGUCUUGCUGCGUAA